CUUAUUGUGCGGCAAAGAGAAAGGAUUAAAACUGUUGAUUGUUCUACUUUCACGUGAAGAUUUAAUGAAGCUUAAAACUAUGUUUUGCUGUGAUUUAUGUUUAGUCAUCCGAUACUUUAAUACUUUUCAUCUAAUUUAGGAUAAUCUUAUUGUUUAACUUUUAUAUCGGACUGUACAUGUAAGGUUUUAUCAAGGGGAAAUAACGCUCGACGGGGAAUGUCUUUCCCUUCCUUCAACGACCUCUUUUUUCGAACGACACAAUGGUAUCAAUACUGCUGAUGACUAUUGGCAAGAAAAAAAUACAUUGAAAUGUUAUCUUUGUUAACCGCAAUUUUUACCGCAUUAUUAUUGCAUAUUAUUUUACUUAGAUAAUGUUAUUACAAGCAUAGCUAUUUUCGUGUUUCGUAAGUGGCAACUUUUGAUGAUUUCGAAUACUAUUCAAAAUAACACAUUGAAUUUUUGUUCUUUGACAAUCGUUAGAAGUCAAUAGCAAAUGAUUCAUCUCAUAUAUAUUUUCUACAAAUUAAAUUGAUCUGUUUUUGAAAACUCGUAAAGAAUAAUUUGGCUUGAUAUCUUCAUUGAAAAACACACGUGUAAUAAAAGAAAUAAAAGAGAUAAAGACACGCAAAAGCAUUUGCUAUUGCAACAUCACCGAUAAUAUUAAAAAACGCGCUUAAAUAUCUAUCUUGACUUACCUCCGAGCGUAUCUGCAAGAGAACCUUCUUCAGUCCGGAGUAUACCACGAAACAUAACGGUAAGAAUAGAAAGUAAUUGUUUCAAAUAAUAAGUAAUUGACGAAAGUAAGUGAAUGGUAAAGCAUUUAUAAUGCAAUAGAGUAGAUUGAUCAAGAUCAUACAAUACAUAUAAGUAAUGUGUAUAUACUUGUAAAAUAUCUUUUGUUGCAGCGCCUUGCAAGAGUUUUGAUUAAUGUCAGAUUUAUUAUUAAUAAAAAAUCUAUGAUUAACGAUAUUUGAUUAAAAAUUAUUUUCGAAGAGGAAAAAAGUAAAAGCUUAUAUAUAUAUAUUAAAUAAUAAAAGUUUGUAUGUUAAAAGUGAGACACGUUGAAUGAUAAAGAAAUCAUAUACGUCACGCAUGCGCAAGCGAUUGCAACGUGUGGUGGAAAAAAUUGUCUGACCAAAACUGCUGCCUACCGUCGCCGUUCGAAAAUUAUACUAAAGAGGACCGCAUGGUUCGUGAUGGCCGAUAAAGCGAAAGAGGAUCUGUUGCAACAAGUCAAAGAACAAGGAGAUCUUGUACGAAAAUUAAAAGCUGCUAAACUAAAUAAAACUCAGGGAUCUUCAAAUAUAUUGCCUGAUUUAGAAACCUUAAACAAUGAAUUUGUGGAUAUCAGCUAUGUAUGCGGCUGGAUCCCUUCCUCAAAAGACAAUCAGCUUUUCAAUUUAUGUAAAAGUUAUUCUAAUGAUGAUAUUGCAAUGUGGUCACACUUAAAUCGAUGGUACAUUAAUAUGAAAAGUUUUACCGAAGCUGAACGUUCAAACUUUCCUGCCUCAGAAGCUUCGUUUACUUCUUUGGCAAAGAAACUUGAGAAUAUUGAUGAUAUUUCCUGUUGUAAUAAUAACUUGCUUGUCAAAAAGAUAGCUGAGGAGGUUUCAAAACUUUUGGAUUUAAAAGCUCAAUUAGGAGAGGAAAAUGCUGUUCAACAUAAACUCAUCCUUAAAACACCAAAAGGUACGAGGGACUAUAAUCCUGAACAUAUGUCAUUACGAAUGGGAGUUCUUGAGAAAAUAAUAUCAGUAUUUAAACGUCAUGGUGCUGAAACUAUAGAUACGCCUGUUUUUGAAUUAAAGGACGUUUUAACAGGAAAAUAUGGAGAAGAUUCUAAAUUGAUUUAUGAUUUGAAAGAUCAGGGAGGUGAAAUACUUGCUCUGAGAUAUGAUUUAACAGUACCUUUUGCUAGAUAUUUAGCUAUGGGAAAAAUAUCUAGUAUCAAAAGAUAUCAUAUUGCCAAAGUUUAUAGAAGGGAUAAUCCAGCUACAACGAAAGGACGUUACAGAGAAUUUUAUCAAUGUGAUUUUGAUAUUGCCGGUCAAUAUGAUCCUAUGCUUCCCGAUGCUGAAUGUAUUCGUGUAGUCUCAGAUGCAUUGGAAUCUUUGGACUUAGGAAAAUUUAUAAUUAAAUUAAAUCAUAGAUCAUUACUCGAUGCAAUAUUUGCUACGUGUGGCGUUCCUCAAGAUAAAUUUAGAACCAUCUGUUCUUCGGUUGAUAAGUUAGACAAAACACCUUGGGAAGAAGUAAAGAAAGAAAUGAUAGAAGAAAAAGGACUAGACGAAAAAACUGCUAAUAAAAUUUGGAAUUAUGUAUCUAAGUCUGGAGGUGUUGACUUGAUAGCAGAGUUAAGACAAGAUGAAAAUCUAAUGAAGCAAAAGUCUGCUAUAUUUGGUUUAGAUUCUAUGGAAUUACUAUUAAAGUACUGUACCAUUUAUAAAGUUAUAAACAAGAUAGUUUUUGAUCUAAGUCUUGCCCGAGGACUUGAUUAUUAUACUGGAGUAAUUUAUGAAGCGAUUUUAACUGGAGAUGGCGUUGGUGUUGGCAGCAUAGCUGGAGGCGGUCGUUACGAUAAUUUAGUCGGUAUGUUUGACAGUAAGAAGAAAACUGUGCCUUGCGUAGGUGUAUCGUUAGGUGUCGAACGCAUUUUUAGUGUCUUAGAAGCUAAAAUGGCAAAUGAGGGUGUGAAAAUUCGAACAACAGAAAUAGAAGUGUUUGUAGCUAGUGCUCAGAAAAAUUUACACGAAGAAAGAAUGCGUGUGCUGUCGGAUCUUUGGGAUGCUGGUAUCAAGGCUGAACAAGCAUACAAAAAAAACUCAAAACUUUUAGCACAAUUGCAGCAUUGCGAAGAAUAUGGUAUUCCUUUAGCGAUAAUACUUGGUGAAGGAGAGUUAGCGAGAGGAGAAGUCACCUUAAGAGAAGUUACUACGCGAAAGGAAGUUCCAAUUCCAAGAGAUCAACUUAUCGACGAAAUUCGAAAGCGACUACAAAACUGAAUAUAGCAGGCUAAUUAUUAUUAUUAUUUAUUUUUUUUUCUCUCUUUUAUAGUUAGAUCAACAAUAAAUGUGUACAUUGCAUUUUAACCGAUCAAUGAAUUUUUCUAUCCGAAGUACAUAAAUAAACAUUUGCAUUAUUUACAGUAAUAAGUCACGUAUGUAUU